AUGUCUAUACAUUUAACAUUUGAUGAUCAAAGUAUUGAUGAAGAUGAAAAUCUUCAAUCAACAAAUGUUUUGUUUGGACAAGUAAACUCAACCGCUCGACUAUCUCAAGCUGUUGGUACUACAGAUAUUCAAGAUAUCGGUGCUAGUGAUCUCACUAAUUUCAUCUCAGGUUUUGCUGCUUCUGAUGAUAUUCCAUCAGAUAAUCCUCCAUCUUCGUCCACUUUAGGUGCUGAAAUUCUGCAUAAUGCUGGUCGUCAACAUCCUUCAAGUUAG